AUGCUACAUCGUACGCGUUUAGCACAGCUAAUUAACGGGAGGAUACUGCAGUAUUUCGUACCGUACGAACGAGAUGAGGUGAACCCCGUGGUUUUCAUGGACGUCACCGUGGAGGGAGAUGCACUCGGCCGUGUGAGUGUUGAGCUUUUCCACGACAUCGUUCCCAAGACAACCGAAAAUUUUCGUUCACUAUGCACUGGUGAGCGAGGUUACAGCCAAUGCCCCUUGUUUUACAAAGGUAUUCCAUUUCAUCGUGUCAUCCCUGGGUUUAUCGUGCAAGGGGGUGAUAUUUUGCUGAAGGAUGGACGAGGAAAUGUUAGUGUGUUCGGAUUUCCAUUCCCGGACGAGAGUUUUGAGGGUAAGGCAGGGAAACAUCUUCGAGGAACGGUGGCAAUGGCGCACAGCGCCCCCAAUCAAAACGGUUCACAGUUUUUUUUCAACUUAGCACGGAAUGACCAUUUAGAUGGCAAAUUUGUUGUUUGCGGACAGGUUAUCGAUGGAUGGGAAGUGGUUGACCGUGUCGCCGUUUUAUCUGGCUCCAGCUGUGGUACGCCGGUUAGUCGAGCGUGGAUUACAGAAUGCGGUCAGAGUAGUGGUGAUAAGCUUGAGGACACGGAACGUGCGUUGUCAGGGGAGCGGGCUUUGCACACGAUGCCAGGCAAGGAGGUUCUUGACAUUCUGUCUCCUCGUUAUUAG